AUGAGCGAGAAUUACGAGUGUAUUCUACCAGAAUAUAAGUGUGUGCUUGGGUUGAGAGAUAUACAACUCAGUGUCCCAGAAGCAGUGGGCGUGGGUUCCAGUGCCAUCCUAGGAUGUCGUUGGGCACUUGACACGGGGGAAGCUCUAUACACAGUCAAAUGGUACCAUGGUGCGCAAGAGUUCUUUCGCUUUGUGCCUAAAGAGCUUCCAAAUACCAGGGUCUUUUCACAAACGGGAAUCAGUGUUGAUAUAUCAAGAUCAGGAGCCCAGCAGGUUGUGCUACGAGGGGCCACAAGAGGACUCAGUGGGCGGUACCGAUGCGAGGUCUCCGCAGACGCACCGUUUUUUCAUACCGUGUACAAAAGCGCAUAUAUGCGAGUUGUAGAGUUGCCGGACUCGCAGCCAAUAGUUCGAGCACAAAAGAGUUGGUACUCCAUUGGGGAUAUGUUACGUGCGAAUUGCACGUCUCCUGCGGCUGAUCCGCCCGCUAACCUCACCUGGCUUCUAAAUGGUUAUGAGGUGAAAGGGCUAGAUAUACCACCACCCGAUGCAUACCGGAAGCAAGUUAUAAGCGACGCUUCGUUAGAAGAUGCAAAUAGAAUUAUAUUCAGCCCUUGGGAUACAGGCGAGGAGUCAGUUACGGUUGACGUACGCAUAGAUGAUAUAUACGAAGGCACUACCCGUGCAACUAGAUACGAAAAUAAGACAAAUAGUGAGGAAGAGAAGUCUAAUAGGACGUCGUCUUUCAGUCAACUUAUAAUCAGAGUGCAAUCGUCACACUUUCAAAAGGGUCGUUUAAACGUGACGUGUGUGGCACGCAUUCUGUCUGUAUGGACCAACAGUGGAAUACUCAUUUUGGAUGAGGAGCGACCACAGAUUGCACCCGUAAUGGGAAGCCGGGACUCCAAUUCUGGACAAACGGAACUUAUUUCGAGCGCCUCUAUACAAGCAAUCUGUUUAAUACUUUUAUACCGGUAA